GCGCUCCCUCAACCCAUACCCCCAAAACACGCCACAUGCACCCCUUCUCCAUCAAACCCCUGUCACCCUAUCAUUCCCCUCCAUCUACACUAACCCUAGUCUAAGCUAUAUAUAUCCCCACUCCGUUCCCUAUUUCCCUUCUGUCCUUCCUUUUUCUCUCCCUCACUCAUCCGUUCCGUUGGUUCAGAAUAUUCAUCACCAUCGGGCCCAGCACCAAACCCCUUCCCCUCUCCCCCAAAUUAGGGUUUCUCUCUGGGAAUGUGAUUCAGCGCGCGGCAGCAUCAAUGGCGGAGAAGAGAUUCGGCGUGAUAGGGUACGCUCUGGCGCCGAAGAAGCAGAACAGCUUCAUCCGCGACUCGCUGGUGAGCCUAGCGAAAUCGCGAGGGAUUGAGCUCGUGCGCGUGGACUCCGACAAGCCCCUCGCGGAUCAGGGCCCCUUCGACUGCGUCCUCCACAAGCUCUACGGCGACGACUGGAAGCGCCAGCUCCAGGAAUUCCACACCCUCUACCCAAACGCCGUCAUCCUCGACGCCCCCGAGGCGAUCGAGCGCCUCCACAACCGAAUCUCGAUGCUGCAGGUCGUGUCGGAGCUCCGAAUUGAGGACCGACCCGAGACCUUUGGGAUCCCCAAGCAGAUUGUGAUAUACGACAAGGCCACCCUCCUGGACCCGCAGGCCUGGGAGAGCCUCAAGUUUCCCGUGAUAGCGAAGCCUCUCGUUGCCGACGGCAGCGCCAAGUCGCACAAGAUGGCGCUCGUGUUCACGCGCGACGCACUGAACAAGCUCAAGCCGCCGAUCGUGCUGCAGGAGUUCGUGAACCACGGUGGCGUGAUCUUCAAGGUGUACGUGGUGGGCGAGCACGUGCGCUGCGUGAAGCGCAAGUCCCUCCCCGACGUGUCCGACGAGGAGAAGGCGCUCGGCGGCGUUUCCGAGGACCUGAUGUCGUUCUCGCAGGUCUCCAACCUCGCCACCGUGAACGACUGCGACGGCUAUUACCGUUUGAUGCAUCUCGACGACGACACCGAAAUGCCCCCCGACGCCUUCGUCGUCGACAUCGCUGGGGGCCUCAGGCGCGCCCUCAAGCUCAACCUCUUCAAUUUCGAUGUCAUAAGAGACGCUCGAUACGGGAACCGUUAUCUUAUCAUUGAUAUCAACUAUUUCCCUGGGUACGCCAAAAUGCCCGGCUACGAGGCCGUUUUGACCCAGUUUUUCUGCGAAGUAAUGCUCAAGAAGAAACAGCAAGAGGAACAACAGCAAGAAGAGGGUAACGCUCCUAAGGAGAAAGAGGAAUCUCUUCAAGCUUGAGAUAAUUUUGUCACACAGAUGUUGUUCUGUCGGUGUCGGUGUUUGGUGGUUUUUGGGUAACCCGAAUUUCCCCAGUGGACCCAUUGGUUGGCACGAGUUGCAAAUUUCGAUUUAGGGUGCAGUUGGUACAGUAGGGUUGUUUGUGGCUAGUUUUUUUUAACCCUCUUCAACAACAUGUAUAUUCCUUUCACCAUUGCUCUCUGGAGAUAGGUACCUUUUCAAAUACCCUCAACAUUUAGGAAAGUUGUAUUUUGCGGCUUAAGAUUACCAAGCUAGGAACUGUUUACUUUGUGUUUUUUUUACUCAAUAACUUCAUUUUUCCCAUUUUGCCAAAUUCUAUUCUCAUUUUGGAUUA